AUGGGGCUUGCGCCUCUACUCGUCGAUACUUACCGCAAGUACAAAAAAGGAACAAACAACUUCGUCCAGUGGCUAGCGGAGACAGCCCGCGCAACUGGUACUGUCAAUGAUGUGUUCAAAGACAGUCGUCAAGACGUGGUACCGCCUACCGGAGGCAGACUGAAGGGAGCGGCUAGGAAAGAGGCAAAGAAAGCUGGACUGACGCAAAAUGCUACCGCCACAUGUCAGAUCACGACCAAGUCGUUCCUCACUCUUGCGACUGCUAUUGCCGCUGACAGGCGCACGUGUGUUCCGCCUGAGGUCUUCACAACCUUGCGUGCAGUCAUUCGGGGUCGCAAAGAUUGUGCAGUUUGGUACUCCAUGAUAUCUGAUCAAGUAAACAAUGCCGCCAAGGAGAGCAAUGCCGGCCACAGACACUUCAUCAAGCUUUUGGAGGACGUCCUGGAGAUCAUCAAGCCGAAACUGCCGCAGACCCAACGCCAGCCACUCAAGGCUGCUAAGACUACACCGCUACACACCAGCAACGCGUUUGAGCACUUGAAGUUCGAGGAGCCUUUAGACAUGGAAGAUAUGCCAGAAGCCAUCCAGAGUCCAGUCAGACCCGCCACACAGAAGGUUUCUUACAAGCUCGAACCGUCUGAUACCGACGUUUCCUUCGCCAUAUACUGCUUUCUCAAGGACGCUACACAUCUCAGACUUGCUGUUAGGCGAACUUGGCGUGAGUUCGCGAAGGGCGACAUAGGUCUCCAAGCCGCCGCGUUGACCAUGAACGCCGCCCUGGCUAUGAUCGAGAAGUUGGGCAACGAAUUCGAACAAGCCCAUCCACGCUUCAAGGAAUCUGGGUCGCAGAAAAUGCACUUGGAGAUCGUCAAAUUCAUAUAUGGCAGCUACAGCAAGAGUGGUAAAGGUCCAGCUUUCAUCGAUGGAGGCGAUGAGGAUAGCGACCCUUUUGCCUACAAAGAAGGAAAGCAGAUACUACAUUCGGACACUGUGAUGUGUACGCAUACCACCGAAUUGGUUAUUGGGAUCUUCUGGCUUGAAAAGACAAAAGAAAAGUGUCGACUUACCAACGACGAGAGGAGAUUCCUCAAGUGCAUUUCACAGUUUGUAUCGACGCCAGAUGAAGAGCCGAUGCCUGAUAGCUAUAUGGUGCGUAAGGCUGCGAAUAACAUGCUAUACGACCGAAAUCUGAAUAGUUGGAUCAUAUUCUCCUUACAAAUAUUUUGGGACAUGCAGAGAGAGUUAGGGUCAUGUCUGCAUCUUGGCAAGAUGCUCUUUGAUAAGACCGGGCAAUAG